UAUCCAGAUUGUGGAGGGAGGGCCCGCCUAGUGGCUUCCUGGCCCCUGCACCGUGCGGGUGUAUUAUAGAUGCGCAUCCAGGCAGCCGGGCGGCGUGGGGCACUGCAUGGGUACAAUGUAACGGGCAGACUGGAGCCUCACAGAGGGCAGGGCUUAACCAUUAACUAACAUUAACCAUUAAAUCAGCUGUGCAGAGCCGGUACCGCACAUAAGGCGUGCGUACCGGCUUCCACGCCUCACAAGCCUGAGCGCGUUAACAAGAGGUGGAGGAUAAAUUCAGCCGGGCACACGGAGUCCCGGUACUCAUACAGAUCAUCACUUCGGUCUGUCCGCCCCUCACACCGAGGACCGCUGACACUCAGAGGUGACUGUCCACUCUGGUUGGAGAGAUACUUUUCCACAGUUGGUAAUUCAAUCCUCAUACUGAGACCUUUAAAUAUCUCAUUUGAAAACCGUCCAGCGGCCACGUGGUGUAAAGUGAGACGUUUGAAGCCCUGUGCAGCGACCAGUCUCACAUGGACAGCAGACUGACAGCAUGACCGGUGCCACUGCGGGUCUCUGAUUUACAUAUUUUUCCAGCUUGUACUGAACUGCUAAGGACUGUUUGCAGCUGAAUGCAGGGGAAUUCUGUGGUGAGUCCCCUCCCUGUUGUUUUCUAUCCUUUUCUGUGUUGAACCAGUAUGCCUUCUGUUUUUUGCCGGCCUAACCUGAGCACCUUGCAGUGAAUGGAGAACAUACUGGUUCUGCUCCCGAAGCACCGACAGGAACACAGGCUUUGCAGACGCACGGCUGCAUGUGCCUCGCUGCAGGUUUUUUCCGGCAGAGUGUUUUUCUCUCAGUCUUUAUGACCGACCUCCACACCUUGUCGGCCUCUUUAAUGGGAUAAAUCAGUUGGACUGAUCAGGUUCAAAACCAGAUCCGGUGGUCAAUUCUGACUUUUCCACAAAACUGUUAGGCUGAGGCACGCUGACCUUUUCUUAUCAAGCCCACUGUCUUCAAAGGCUUCCGCAUGGUACUUUGGUCGAAAGAACAAGAAAAGCUCCCCGACAUCGACAUGUCCUCUGGGGCCAUUGAGAUGAAGAAGGAGGGAGGCCCCCUCACUUCGGCCUUCCUCAACUCCAACUGCACCGUCCACCCGGUGAUCCUGACCAAGGGCCCUGAAGAAGUGAGCCCGGUGACCGGGGAUGAGUUUGAGCUCACCGAGGUCACAUCUUUCCCCGAGCGAGUGAAUGAGACUGGGGAGAACGACGAGAGGUCGGAGAUUGUGGUGGCCAUGGACUGUCGGGCCAAUGCCAAAGGUCAGCGAGAGGAGGAUGCUCUCCUGGAGAAUGCAAGCCAGAGCAACGAGAGUGAUGACACCAGCACCGAUCAGAGCCCCGAACCAACAGCACCCCUCAAGGAGACCUCCUUUUCCAUCGGACUGCAGGUGGUCUUCCCCUUCUUGCUGGCCGGGUUCGGGACGGUGGCAGCAGGGAUGGUGCUAGACAUCGUCCAGCACUGGACGGUGUUCACCGAUGUGUCUGAGGUGUUCAUCCUUGUUCCUGCACUGCUGGGGCUUAAAGGCAACUUGGAGAUGACGCUGGCCUCUAGACUUUCUACAGCGGCUAAUAUUGGGCACAUGGACACAGCCAAGGACAUGUGGAAGAUGAUCAUGGGGAACUUGGCCCUCAUCCAGGUCCAAGCCACAGUGGUGGGGUUCCUGGCCUCCAUAGCUGCUGUGAUCUUUGGCUGGAUCCCAGAGGGACACUUCAAGCUGGGCCAUGCAGUGCUGUUGUGUGCCUCUAGUGUGGCCACUGCCUUCAUCGCUUCUUUGCUUCUAGGUCUCAUCAUGAUCGGCGUCAUUGUUGCAUCCAGAAAAGUCGGCAUCAACCCUGACAAUGUGGCCACACCUAUUGCUGCUAGCCUAGGAGAUCUGAUCACGCUGUCCCUGCUGGCAGGCAUCUCAACAGGACUCUACAAAGAGCUAGAGUACAAUGAUUAUGCCAACCCUCUAGUGUGUGCAGUAUUUGUGGCGAUGUGCCCACUAUGGGUGCUGAUAGCCAGGAAGAUCCCAUCCACCAGAGAGGUCCUUUACUCCGGCUGGGAGCCAGUCAUCAUCGCCAUGGCCAUCAGCAGUGUCGGUGGUCUGAUCCUUGACAAAACUGUCACCAACCCAAACUUUGCUGGCAUGGCUGUCUUCACUCCAGUCAUCAACGGUGUGGGAGGUAACCUGGUAGCAGUUCAGGCAAGUCGAAUCUCCACCUAUCUCCACAUGAACGGUAUACCCAUGGGGGAUCCCAACCCAGCCCCCAGGAAGUGUCCCACACCCUGCACCUCCUUCUUUGGUUCCACUGUGAACUCUCGUUCAGCCCGUGUACUUUUCCUCCUGGUUGCCCCAGGGCACCUCGUCUUCCUCUACACCAUCAACUCCCUGAGGGGGGGGCACACCACCCUCACACCCAUCUUCAUUACCUUCUAUCUGUUUGCUGCACUACUCCAGGUCAUGAUCCUCCUCUACCUGGCAGACUGGAUGGUCCACUGGAUGUGGGGUCGGGGCAUGGACCCUGACAACUUUUCCAUCCCGUACCUGACCGCGCUGGGUGACCUGCUGGGGACUGGCUUCCUAGCCCUGUGCUUCCACUUGCGCUGGUUCAUCGGAGACAGAGACACUAAUGUGGGCAACUGAAUGCAUGCACAGAUACACGUGCUCUCUCUCACACACACACACACACACACACACACACACACA